AAAUUGAAUAGACUUGUGCCAUUUUCUGCCUGUCCUUAUGUCAAGUUAUUUGCUUUGCUUGUCCAUUUUCUGCGGUUGGCGGUCCACUCCACUUCUGCCAAAUUGAAAACACUUUUACCAAUUAUUAUUGGUCGAUUUUCAAUUUUCCAUCGCUUAAAAAAAAUAAAAAGCUUUUAUUUAGUUUUAUUUUUUAGGUAAAUUUUAGUACUGAAUUCUUUCAACUUGAUUGAAGUCAUGUCUUUUGUUUACCUGUGUUGCACGUUGGUGGUUGUUUAUUUUAUUGCUUCCAUUGUUGUUGUGUGCCUCUUUCUGUACGUAUUCUAGUGAUCAGUCAUUCUUAUUGACGACUGAGACGGGUGCGUUGGUCUGAUUAGUGCAUUGUGGUGAAGUCGAUGCAUGAAAACUGCUGAUUGGCUAUCGGUUGUGUGUGAGUGGUCCGAUUUUGAUUUGAUUCGUUUUAUAUUUAAUUUCAGUUCAGUUAAUUUUAGAUUUAAUUUUUAGUUUUGUGUGGUUUGGGCCUUUACUUUUCUGCAGCCCCUUCUGUAUAGGCCAAUCGGUGAUGUACAAAUGCAAUAUAUGUCCAGCAUUUGUCAGGGGGAAAAAAAUUCAAUUGCAAAAUUUUCGGGCGCUCUAAACUAGGUCUUUAUUCGCACUUAUCAAAUGACAUUAGCUUUCCUCCUUGCGAUUUUAAUAAGACAUUUUGAUAUACAGUUAUUUGCCGUAUCCAUUUAUAUGCCUGUAGUGAUGGAAUAGAAAGGGCAAGGGAUGAUUCUAAGGAAAUAGCGGGUUUUAUGGUUAUCGAGUUUAGUUCACGACGCUCACCAAGUGUUCGAUGCAUUGUUCAAACGAGGCAUUGCUGGUUGUGGGUUUACUUGGUCUGACCGGCACAUGUAUGGUAUGGUAGCGACAUUUUGCGUACAGAUGCAAUUCGUCCACGCGCACUGUAUUAUAUAAUAAUAAUAACUUACCUUUCUGGAAGAAAAAUAUCCGAAAAAAAAAAGAGAAAAGCUUUAUUUAUCCAUUAUAUGUAAAUAAAAUAUUAUAUGCAAUAUAUCAGUUUGUAUUUUCUCUUUUUUCAUAACUUACGUUUCUAAAGCAAUGACAUAAGUGCUUAAUUUUUAAUCCAUUUUUUCUUUUCUUUAUCCUCGUGUAAUCGUUUAAGUUAAAAAUGGUAGCUUCUUGCGGAUCAUAACCAGCAAUUUCAUCGUGUACAUCCCAGACUUUAGGGCACAACCUUUCAUGCUUCAUGCAAUUUCUGCAUAUUGGUGAUGGGUUUUGCGAUUCUUUUCUGUUCUUUUUUGUUGUCCACCAUAAGAAUCUUAACUGCACAAGACACUCUAACCCCAGCUCAAUCCAUGAGAGACGGCGAGACGCUGGUUUCAGCUGAUGGGAACUUUGAACUUGGAUUCUUCAGCCCAGACAAUUCAAGUAGCAGAAGAUACUUGGGAAUUUGGUAUAGGAAAAUACCGAUCAGGACAGUUGUGUGGGUAGCCAGCAGAGAAACUCCAUUUACAAACACAUCAGGAGUUCUAAAAGUAAAUGAGCAAGGACUUCUGAUCCUUCAGAAUAGCACAAAUAGUAUAGUUUGGUCAUCCAAUACAUCGAGCACUCCACAGAAUCCAGUUGCCCAGCUCUUAGAUUCAGGAAAUCUUGUUGUCAAAGAUGGUCUUGGUAGAAACGGUGAGUAUAUAUUAUGGCAGAGUUUUGAUUUUCCAUAUGAUACCUUGUUACCUGGCAUGAAACUUGGAUGGAACCUUGACAUGGGUUUGGACAUGUUUCUACAAUCUUGGAAGAGCAUAGAUGAUCCAGCUAAGGGUGAUUUUAAGUGCUUGAUAGAUCUUCGAGGGUAUCCUCAGCUUUUCAUUAUGAAGGGAAACAUAAUACAGUGCCGUAGCGGACCAUGGAAUGGUCUCCAGUUUACAGGGAGUCCUCAGCUGAAACCAAACCCGAUAUUUAAUUUUAUAUUUGUGUCAAAUAGGCAUGAGAUAUAUUAUUCAUACGAGCUAAAAAAUAGUUCAGUUGUUUCAAGGUUAGUAAUGAGUGAUAAAGGGGUUCUGGAGCGGCAUAUUUGGGUUGAUCGAACACAGAGUUGGACGCUAUUCUUUGGAGUGCCAACAGAUCAGUGUGACACUUACGCAUUGUGUGGUCAAUAUGCCAGUUGCAACAUCAAUAACUAUCCUGUAUGUGCAUGCUUGGAAGGGUUUGUACCCAAAUCGCCCACGUCAUGGAGUGCGUCAGAUUGGUCAGAUGGGUGUGUCCGAAGGACUCAACUCAAAUGUCAUAGUGGAGAUGGAUUUCGGAAGCACGUAGAAAUGAAAUUACCUGACACAUCUUCUUCCUGGGUUGAUAAGAGCUUAGGCCUGAAGGAAUGUGAGGAAAUGUGCCUAAGAAAUUGUUCAUGCAUGGCAUAUGCAAAUUCAGACAUUAGAGGAUCAGGAUGUUUACUUUGGUUUGACGAUCUAAUUGACAUGAGGGAAUUCACUGAAGGUGGGCAAGACCUCUAUAUACGGAUGGCUGCUUCAGAACUAGCUCCUACCAAGGAGAAAAAAAAUUCGAAUGAGAAGAGACAAGUUGCAAUUGUUGUCAGCUGUCUCAUCGUGGUUGGGGGAUCCCUAGCAUUGAUAUUGCUUUUGUGCAUACGAAGACGAAAACGUCUGCAGCAAGAGGAAGACAUUGAAUUACCUUCCAUUGAUUUAACCACUAUAAAAAACGCCACUGAUAACUUUUCAAGCAACAAUAAACUAGGAGAAGGUGGUUUUGGACCUGUAUACAAGGGUAUAUUGUUGGAUGGGCAAGAAAUAGCAGUGAAAAGGCUUUCAGAAACAUCUGGACAAGGUGGAAAAGAAUUCAAAAAUGAAGUUAUAUUGAUUGCAAAGCUUCAGCAUAGAAAUCUGGUUAAGCUUCUUGGCUGCUGCAUUCAAGGAGAUGAAAGAAUGUUAAUCUAUGAAUACAUGCCAAACAAAAGCUUGGAUUCCUUUAUUUUUGAUCAAACAAGGAGCAAAUUACUAGAUUGGCAUGUACGCUUCCACAUCAUUGGUGGAAUUGCACGUGGUCUUCUUUAUCUUCAUCAAGAUUCCAGAUUGAGAAUCAUCCAUAGAGAUCUAAAAGCCAGCAAUGUUUUACUAGACAGUGAUAUGAAUCCAAAGAUUUCAGACUUUGGCUUGGCCAGAACAUUUGGAAAGGAUCAAAUUGCAGCAAAUACGAAAAGGGUUGUUGGAACAUAUGGCUACAUGUCACCUGAGUAUGUAGUUGAUGGGCUCUUCUCAGUAAAAUCUGAUGUUUUUAGCUUCGGCGUUUUAGUGCUAGAAAUAAUUAGUGGAAAGAGAAACAGAGGAUUUUGUCAUUCGGAUCAUGGCCUCAACCUUCUUGGACAUGCAUGGAGACUGUGGAUGGAAGAGAGGGCCAUAGAACUACUUGAUCCGUUGUUAAGAUGCUCUUGUUCUGUACCUCAAGUGCUACGGUGCAUUCAAGUGGGUCUUUUAUGUGUGCAGCGAUUACCAGUAGACAGGCCAGACAUGUCAGCAGUGGUUGUAAUGUUGGGGAGUGAGAGUUCUCUUCCUCCGCCCAGGCAGCCCGGUUUUUAUAAUGAAAGAAAUCCAUUUGAAGCUGAUUCUUCCUCAAGUAAGGAAGGCUUUUGGUCCAGGAAUGAAAUCACAACAUCCAUAGAGGCAAGAUAACUUGACAUCCAAUUAUGUUUUUCCCUCUUUUGUUUCUUUUCCUUUUUUAUAUAUAUAAAAAAAAAACCUUCAUUUUUUUACUUUUUAAUAUUUGGGAAGAAGAGUUAGUAUUGUAAAAUUUGAAAAUGGGAAAAUUACUUUUUAGUCCCUGAGGUUUAACGUAAUUAACACUUCUGUCCCUCUAUUUUGGCGACCCAA